AUGGCAUCAUUAACUCGUUUAACAUUAUCAGCGCCAUCGGCUUUAUGCCGUCUUGGUCAACUAUUCGCAAAACGACAAAUAGUAUUUCAACAACAAUUACCAAAAUUAACAUCGGUCAAUGGAUUAAUGAUGCCAACAAAUCGUACGAUCGCUACAUCGACUAUUCGUCGUGAUAUUGAUUCGGCUGCUAAAUAUAUUGGUGCUGGUGCAGCCACAGUUGGUGUUGCUGGCGCUGGUGCAGGCAUCGGAACUGUAUUUGGUUCAUUAGUCGUAGCCUAUGCACGCAAUCCAAGUUUGAAACAACAAUUAUUUUCAUACGCUAUUCUUGGUUUCGCUCUCUCCGAAGCUAUGGGUCUAUUUUGUCUUAUGAUGGCCUUUAUGCUUUUAUUCGCUUUCUAA